CGGCCAGGUGGUGCCGCGCCGUUGCCGUCAGUUCCGCUCCUCCCCCGGCCGGAGCAGGAGGCGGGUCCGCGCGCUACUGCAGUUGAUGCAAAAUGAGUGUCCCAGACUAUAUGCAGUGUGCUGAAGACCAUCAGACUCUCCUGGUUGUGGUCCAGCCAGUUGGGAUUGUUCCAGAGGAGAACUUUUUCCAGAUCUACAAACGAAUAUCAUCAGUGAAUCAGAUUAAUGUCCGUGACUCCCAGCGUGUGUUGUAUAUCCGCUAUCGGCAUCACUACCCUCCGGAGAACAAUGAAUGGGGGGAUUUUCAGACGCAUCGGAAAGUUGUUGGGCUCAUAACCAUAACAGACUGUUGUUCAGCAAUGGAUUGGCCUCAGACUUUUGAAAAAUUCCAUCUUCAGAAGGAAAUAUACGGUUCUACACUCUAUGACUCCAGACUGUUUGUCUUUGGGCUUCAGGGAGAGAUUGCAGAGCAGUCCCGCACAGAUGUGGCAUUUUACCCUAGUUAUGAUGACUGUGAAACUGUGGAGAAGAGAAUAGAAGAUUUUAUUGAAUCUCUCUUCAUUGUAUUGGAAUCCAAGCGGCUUGAUAGGGCCACCGAUAAGUCUGGAGACAAGAUCCCUCUUCUGUGUGUACCUUUUGAAAAGAAGGAUUUUGUAGGUCUGGACACUGAUAGUAGACAUUAUAAGAAACGUUGUCAAGGUCGGAUGCGGAAACACGUUGGUGACCUAUGUCUCCAAGCUGGGAUGUUACAGGAUUCCUUGGUACAUUAUCAUAUGGCUGUGGAACUUCUGCGGUCUGUAAAUGACUUUUUGUGGCUUGGAGCUGCUCUUGAAGGAUUAUGCUCAGCAUCAGUUAUCUAUCACUACCCUGGUGGCACAGGAGGUAAAGCUGGGGCUCGUAGGGCACAAGGUAGUUCACUUCCUUCUGAGGCAGGCAACAGACACAGACCAGGGGCACAAGAAGUUCUCAUUGAUCCAGGUGCCCUUACUUCAAAUGGCAUAAAUGCUGAUACCAGUGCUGAAAUAGGUCGUGCCAAGAACUGCCUUAGCCCUGAAGACAUCAUCGAUAAAUAUAAAGAAGCCAUUUCUUACUAUAGCAAGUAUAAGAAUGCUGGUGUGAUUGAGCUGGAAGCCUGUGUGAAGGCAGUGAGAGUCUUGGCAAUACAGAAACGAAGCAUGGAAGCUUCUGAGCUUCUUCAGGGUGCAGUUUAUAUCAACCUUCGUCAGCUUUCUGAAGAGGAAAAAAUUCAGCGUUACAGCAUUCUUUCUGAGCUAUAUGAACGUAUUGGUUUUCACCGAAAGUCCGCUUUCUUCAAACGUAUAGCAGCAAUGCAGUGUGUGGCACCCAGCAUACCAGAGCCUGGUUGGAGGGCCUGUUACAAAUUGCUUUUGGAAACGCUUCCUGGUUAUAGUCUGUCUUUGGAUCCUAAGGACUUCAGCAAAGGAACUCAUAGAGGAUGGGCUGCAGUGCAAAUGCGUUUACUUCACGAGUUGGUCUAUGCCUCUAGAAGAAUGGGGAAUCCAGCUCUUUCUGUCCGACAUCUGUCCUUCCUUCUCCAAACCAUGCUAGAUUUUCUCUCUGAUCAAGAAAAGAAAGAUGUAACCCAGAGUUUGGAAAACUACACCUCAAAAUGUCCUGGCACAAUGGAGUUGAUCACACUUCCAGAUGGUUUGAAAUUGCCCCCUGUUCCAUUCACCAAACUGCCUAUUGUAAGAUCUGUGAAACUCUUGAACCUUCCUGUCAGCCUUCGGCCCCAGAAAAUGAAAAGUUUGUUGGGUCAGAACAUGUCAACCAAAAGUCCUUUUAUAUACUCUCCAAUUAUUGCGCACAACCGUGGAGAGGAAAGAAGUAAGAAAAUAGACUUCCAGUGGGUCCAAGGAGACGUAUGUGAAGUUCAGCUGAUGGUGUAUAACCCGAUGCCAUUUGAACUACGAGUAGAAAACAUGGGUCUCCUGACAGCUGGAGUAGAAUUUGAAUCUCUUCCUGCUGCUCUUUCUCUUCCUGCGGGUGUUCCUCAAACCACUGGGCAGAUCACUAUUAAUGGAUAUCACACUUCAGUCUUUGGAGUCUUCAGCGAUUGCCUUUUGGAUAAUCUGCCAGGAUUGAAGACUAAUGGAUGUACGGUAGAAGUCAUUCCAGCUUUGCCAAGGCUUCAGAUCAGUACUUCUUUGCCAAGGUCUGCUCACACACUUCAGCCUUCUUCAGGGGAUGAAAUCUCCACCAAUGUGUCUGUCCAGCUUUAUAAUGGGGAGACACAGCAACUUGUCAUUAAAUUAGAAAAUAUUGGAACAGAACCUUUGGAGAAACUGGAAGUCACAGCAAAAACACUCAGUACUAAAGAAAAACUGUAUGGCGAUUUCCUCAGUUGGAAGCUAGAAGACACCCUUGCCCAGUUCCCUCUAAAACCAGGGAAGAUUGCAACGUUUAUUGUAAACAUUAAAGUGAAGCUGGACUUCUCCUGUCAGGAAAAUCUUCUGCAAGACCUUGAUGAUGGGAUCAGUGUUAGCGGACUUCCGCUUUCCAGCCCUUUUCGACAAAUUGUCAAACCGCGAGUAGAAAGUAAGCCUAUCAAUCCUCCUGAAAGCAGCAAAGCUGGUGACUUCAGUCACGUAAAGACACUGGAAGCCAUUUUGAACUUUAAAUACUCAGGGGGACCAGGACAUGUUGAAGGCUACUAUAGGAACCUGUCACUGGGCCUUCAUGUGGAAGUGGAGCCAUCUGUCUUCUUUACACGUGUCAGUACCCUUCCUGCAACAAGCACACGGCAAUGCCACCUCCUCCUUGAUGUCUUCAACUCAACAGAACAUGAACUUACUAUUAGUGCUAGAAACAAUGAAGACUUAGUUCUACAUGCUGGCGAAUGUCAGCGUAUGGCUAUCCAAGUCGACAAGUUCAACUUUGAGAGUUUUCCAGAAUCCCCUAGCGAAGGGGUACAGUUUGCAAAUGCAAAGAAACUGGAAGAGGAGAGACAGCAGGCAAAAGGUCUGGAGAUUAACAGCAAGUUAGACAUUUGCUGGAAAAUUCCCUCUUUGAAGCGUGAAGGAGAAGCGAGUGUAGAAGGAGUUCUCAAUCAGCUGGUCCUCGAGCAUCUACAGUUGGCUCCUCUCCAGUGGGAUAUAUCGGUGGAUGGAAAGUUCUGUGACUGUGAUGUUGUGGUGGACUGCAAGGUCGGGGACCCCAUCCCCCUGGAGGUGAAACUCACCAACUGGAGCAAACACAGCGUGGGCCCGUUUGCUCUCACUGUGACCCCGUACCAGGAUUACCAAAACGGAGUGCACAACUAUGAGCUCCAUGAUGCCAUCACCUUUGUGGGAUCCAACACCUUCUAUAUCGAUUCCGUGAAACCCACCAAAAAUUCUGUCUGCUUUGGAGCUCUUCUCUUCCUCUACACGGGUGAUUUUUAUCUCAACAUCAAGUUUCAUGAAGACAAGACCAGCAGGGAACUUCCUCUCUCUUGGUUCUGCCUGCCCAGCGUUCACAUUCGUGCUAUGGAGCCUGUGAUCCAAACUAAGCUGUAGAUGUGCCGUAUAGUGUAGGAUUAGCCAUAGUGCACAGAAAUGCUUGGCAUGUCCUCUGCUUGAUCUCAGCUGGUUUCUAUCUGACCCCAGCCUUUAGCGGCACAGCAAAAUGCUUUUAGAAUUGGCUGAUCUUCACGUCCGCGGCUGGAUUUGCUUGUUCUGAAAGGAGCGACUGAAUCGAAUGCCCCAUGUUUCUCCCCUAUGUCCAGUAAGCACUUGAAAAUCACUGGGGAACAGAUUCUUCUCUGAUGGAUUCUUCUCUGAUAUCAGUAGAGUUGAAUUUAGCCAGUGUAAAGGUCUCUGGCCUGAAUGAUGCCUACUGAUGCAUUUUCAGCACCCAAACAAGAGUUGCAUGUGAAUGUUCAAUUCCCCCAUCCCAUAUAAAAUGCCUGGUGUGCCCCAUUGGGUUGUAUUCCCUCAGAUGCUGGUUCUCCCUCUGCUUGUUCCUCACUCCCUUCAUCUGCUGAGUAUUUUAGUCUCUUUUAAACCCAAUAAAUAUGAGCUCA